GAAGGCGCGGGCGAGAAGAAGCUCUCCAACGCGGAGCUGAAGAAGAAGGCCAAGGAGGAAAAGGCGGCGAGGAGAGCGGCCGCAAAGGUCUCACAGCCACAGCCGCCAGCCGGCAGCGCGCCGGGCCAGGCCGCCGAGGGCGCAAAGGGCGGCAAGCCGAAGCCCAAGCAGCAGCAGGACGGACCGCAGGCAGCAGGGAGCCAGCAUGGAAAGGCGGCGGCUCCGCGAUCCGCCGCGCCGAUGCCCGCGCCCAAGGAGGCGAAGCCUUCGGUGCCCGAGUGCUUCAGCCAUCUGGCCAUGGCCAAGGGCGUCAACCUGACCCAGGCGGACAAGGACGUCCACCCGACGGUGCUGAUGCUGGGCCAGCAGAUGAGCACCAUGGCCAUCAGCGAUAGCACCACGCGGCUGGAGGCGACUCUGCUGGCAUUCAAAAAGGUCAUCGACUCAUACACAACCCCCCACGGCACCACGCUCUCCCGACACUUCACCUCCCACGUCCUCAACCCGCAAAUCGUCUACCUCACGGCAUGCCGCCCCAUGUGCUUCUCCAUGGGCAACGCCAUCCGCUGGCUCAAGCUGCAGAUCAGCAAGAUCGACAUUGACAUGGCCGACUCGGACGCCAAGAAGCUGCUGUGCGAGGCCAUUGACAGCUUCAUCCACGAGCGCAUCACCCUCGCCGACGUCGUCAUCGUCAGCACCGCCGCCGACAUGAUCUCCCCCGACGGCGGCGACGUCAUCCUCACCUACGCCCACCACCACCUCGUCGAGCGCGCCCUGCUGCGCGCCCGCGCCGACGGCAAGCGCUUCCGGGUCAUCCUCGUCGACGACCCCUUUGAGCGCGUCGGCCUCGCCCACGCAAAGACGCUCGCCGCCGCCGGCAUCCCCGUCGCCUACGCGCCCGACCUCGGCGCCCUGCGCACCAACCUCCAGGAGGCCACCACGGUGCUCGUCGCCGCCGAGGCCAUGUUCAGCAACGGCGCCAUGUACGCCCGCGCGGGCACCUGCGACGUCGCCACUGCCGCCUUCGACCUCGGCAUGCGCGUCACGGCGCUGUGCGAGACCAUCAACUUCACCGAGCGCGUGUCCAUAGACUCGCUCACCUACAACGAGAUUGAUCCGGAGCGCAACACGGACGAGGAGUUUAGGUUGCUGUUUGACACGACGAGGGACAAGUCCAUUUCGGCCGUCGUCACGGAGCUGGGCAUCUGCUCGGCCAAGUCGGUGCCUGCGAUUUUGCGAAAACUAGAGGAG